AUGGACCUCCCUGAUCUUACUUCCCUCCCUUCAUUGCCUCAAGACGCUCAACUGCGCGUGCUGGACACUCUCUUCGAGUCAUCACCGGAACUCCAUCAGUUAAUGAUCCCAGUCCUGGCAAAUCAGACUUUCUCCUCAUACUCAUCACUCAUUGACGCUGUCGGGAGUCACAUGUCCGCGCUAUCCGCCGUGAACUCCAUCAAUCGGGAUAUUCUAUUUGGUAUUCUUGGUUCACAUCCUCGACUCGGUCGAGCCCCCGCCAACCCAGAGCAUUUGAGUGAGUUGAGCAAACAGGAACAAGCUCAAUUGAAUGAUGGAGCUGAAGAGCAGGCGGAAAAACUCCGAGAUUUAAAUGAGGAAUAUGAGGCCAAGUUCCCAGGCUUACGAUUCGUCUCUUUUGUCGACGGACGCAGUCGAGAUGUGAUUAUGGUGGAAAUGCGCCAGCGCAUUGAUCGAGGGGAUCAAGAGCGAGAGAUAGAAGAGACCAUCCAGGCUAUAUGUGACAUCGCCAAGGAUCGCGUCAAAAAGUUGCGCGCAAGAUUCUAG